UAUUCUACCGGCGUAGACCGGAAGAGAAGCUUAUAUCCGCGUGAGGCUCCUGUUCGUAUAUACGAUCUUUCCUGUGACGCGCGUUUCGCGCGAAAUCCGGUUUCUGGAGCUAAUGUGUAGUGGACUCGUCGAAAAUGAGUAAAAAGGAUAACUGCGGCCCGUUAAUCCUCGCCUAUCUGAAUGAGAAGAACCGUCCCUACAGCGCUCAGGACGUCUUCUGUAAUCUACAGAAGCAGCAUGGCUUGGGCAAAACGGCGGUGGUCAAAGCCAUGGAGCUGCUGGCUCUGGAGGGCAAGAUAAAGGAGAAAACCUACGGCAAGCAGAAGAUUUAUUUUGCUGACCAGGCUCAGUUCAAGGAGGUCAGCGAUGCAGACCUGAAGGAGAUGGACCGUCAGCUCUCGGAGCUCAACGCAGACGCGCAUGCGCUGACACAGAGCUGCAGACAGCUGGACGCAGAGCUAAAGGAACUCACCAGUUCCCUGACAACAGAGGAAGUGAUAUCCGAGAUCCAGCAACUGAAAGGAGAAUGUUCUGGGUACAGAACUCGUCUGGAGAAGAUAAAGUCGGCUGCAAAUCACGUUACACCAGAGGAGAAAGAGAAGGUUUAUAAAGAGAGGAACAUCUAUGUAAAGGAGUGGAAGAGGAGGAAGAGACUGGCUUCAGACAUGAUCGGUGCCAUUAUGGAGGGCUACCCCAAGAGCAAAAGGGAGUUUCUUGAUGAAGUGGGCGUGGAGACUGACGAGGACUGUAAGGUGACUGUUCCAAGUACGUGAACAAACAAAAGGAUGCUGGCUCAGCUACUUUAGUACUGAGUAAUGCUAAAGUAAGGACCCAAGUCACAAUGCGCGAAGAGAGACGAGAAGUACAUCUUUAAUAAAAGGUUGAAAUUAAACAAA